AUGCCUAUGGAUUAUAUAAAAAUAUAUGAAAAGUGUUGGAUUCCAGAUCCUAUAUUCAGACCUAAAAUUCCUGACAUAUUAAAUGAUCUUAAUAAUCUAAAGCCAACGCCAACUUGUACGGCAGAGGAUAUUCAGUCAACAGAUCCACCAUUACUACCUUCGGUAAUUCAAGAUCUAUCUAAUAUACUUCCGGAUUAUAUUAAUAAAAUGCAAGAAGAUGCUACUGCACACAUGCAACUACAUCAACUCUCGACAGUAGAUUUAGAACAGUCUAUUAAUUUUGAUUCAUUUUUACUAUUAUUCAAAAGAAUAAAUCAGCUUAAAAAUGAGAUAUCUGACGAUAAUAUACAACUCAAUAAAAGAAUGUGUGUAGUAUUAAAUCAAUGCAUUAUCGACGCUGAUUACAAUGUUCAAACGCUCAAUAAUCGUAAAACAGAUCAAGAUACAUUCACAACAUUAGAGAAUUAUGUAUUGUUUCAAAUUUUUCUGCGAAAUAUUGAAAAUAUCAAAGACUUUACUGAAAAUAUUUCUCAAAUAAGAGGGUUAAAAUUUUUUAUUCAAGUUGACGAUUCGUUCAAUGAUAUAGGAGAAACAAUGAAGUUUAUUCAAGCAUUUCAAUGUCAUGUUAAAGAAGUCAAUUCCAUAAUUGACUUUGUCGACCAAAUAAAUAUUAAUAUUGAGAAUGUCAAUGCUAAUGACAACAAUGAUGAUUUGUUUGAUCACAAAUCAUUAGAAUUUAUAAAGGAGCUUAAAGAUAAUAACACUCAAGAAGCAUACGAUGGUAACAUCACAAUUAUAAAGAGUAUUUCGUAUGUAAAGAAGGACAUGUGCGUUCAGGCAGCACUUUUAAAAAGUUCAAAUGGUUUAGCAAAUAUAACCAAACUUUAUGGAAUAAUACAAUCAUUUAAAUCAGUAUAUAAAGUCAUAGAAUGGUCUGAAUAUGGUAAUUUAAAAAUGUUCUACGAAAGAUACAAACCUUUGAAUCUUUCAAUUAAGUUACAAAUUGCGUUGGACAUAAGUAGUAUAAGUAGUGGAUUAGUGUUUCUUUCUGCAGUGAAAUUUUUACAUCGUAAUAUUACAUCUGAAAAUAUUUUGAUUACAAAUAAUAUGAAGGCCAAAAUUACAAAUUUUUUUCAUAGUCGAUUGAUAACUGAUGAAUCAAGAAAGCUUAAGGAGAACUAUGAUAAAUAUGAUAUUAAGUCCGAAAAUCAUGAAGAUGAUUAUGAUUUUAAGUCUGAGAAUUAUAG